AUGGGACAGGGUCUGUCUGCAUUUCAGCAAUUCCCAUAUCAGAUAGGCACUCCGAUAACGUCGUAUCAGGGCAAGUCGAUUUGGACUCUCUCGAACGGCACCAAGAAAGAUGAUGGUUCGGCAGUGUCGAUCUUCACAUUCGACGUAAAGAAGAACCCAACCAAACUAGAGGUAGCAAAGAACGGAUUCAAACGAGCGAAAACCAUUCGACACCCGAACUUCCUCACCUAUCUCGACGGUCUAGAAACCGAUACAAACAUUUACAUCGUAACGGAACCGGUAACACCUCUCGAUGAAUCAAUAGAAGACAUCAGAAAGUAUGAGAAUGCAAUAUCAUGGGGUGUUUAUCAAAUAACUAAAGCAUUAUCAUUUAUUAAUAAUGAUGUUAAUCUUACACAUGGAAAUGUAAAUACAACGACAGUGUUUGUGACAAAGAGUGGCGAUUGGAAAUUGGGUGGAUUAGAGUUGAUUUGUGAUGUUCGUGAUAUGAAUCCGUUCUUGAAACAACAUGGUGAUCAGGUUCCAGUGAAAUACAAACCACCUGAAGUAACCAAAGGUCAAUGGUCACAAGUCAAUACAGCUCCAUCCUACGCAAUCGAUUCAUGGAUGUUAGGUUGUUUAAUUUAUGAAUGUUAUAAUGGACCAAUGAGUAAAUCAGAGGAUGUAAGAGAUCUCUCACAGAUACCAAAACCAGUACAUCAAUCCUAUCAGAAAUGUUUUGCCAACAAGAUUGAGAAUCGUUUGAAUCCAACGAAAUUCCUUGAGUGUCCAUACUUUCAGAAUAUAUUCGUAGAGACAUGUGUAUUCCUUGAGAAUAUUACAUUAAAAGAUAACUUUGAAAAGGAAACAUUCUUUAAAUAG